GAAUUGCUGGGGGGGGGCGCUGUACUCCACCAGGUUGCGGCCUCAUUGGAUGAAAAAACGAUGUGGGCGGAUUUGCGCUGACGUUGCCCAUGCUCGGGAUUAACUUGUUUCUAUGUCGCCAUAUCGCUCAGAUUUUGGCACAGGAUAUCCUGAUCAACAAACAGAACGAUAUAGAUUGACGGUUGACUUGUUAAAAGCCUUAAAUCGGUUCUGUGUGAUGUGCACGUGACCGUGGUUAAUGCUGCCGUGAGGGCGCGCGCGACGGUGAGCGGAUGGAUGUGUAGCAGACGUCGCGCUGACGGAGGUUACGAUGCUGAUGUCCUGUCACACCGAUGGGGGCCGACGGCAGUAAACACAGGAAGAGGCCCACUGAAGGGCAGGAAGAUGAGCACUUCCAAUCUGGAUGGCGUGGCUUCCUCUCCAGCAUGGGUCUGUCGAUCCCAGCAGCCCUAUGUCGCCUGGCCCCACCCGCCCUGCGUCUGGGCCAGCAUCGGAUGCUCCACGGCAAGACACCUGACAUCCCAGAGCAUGUCUUGAGGUUGGCGGGAAUCGGCCCGGACAAGCUGAGAGCGGAGUGGAGCCUGCCAGGGUUUAUUAGUAUGUUCCUGCCCGAAUUCCCCCACAGAACUGUGCCUGGGCAGGAACAUUUUCAGGUGUUGGGUUACAUCGCCAAAGGUUCAUUUGGACCCAUUCUGAAAGUUAAGGACAAGACCAAACAGAAAACAUAUGCUGUCAAAGUUAUACCCAAAUCAGAGAUUCUGAGACUUGGGGUCUUAGAGCAGUCAAAAGAAGAAGUCAUAGUGCAGCGUCAGGUUUGCCACCCAUUUGUCCAUGACCUCCAGGACUGCUGGCAGACACAACGCCACCUCUACAUUAUGUGUGACUACUGCAGCACAGGGGACCUGUACACCUAUUGGCAGAUGGUCGGUCAGUUCGCAGAGGAUACGGUACGAGUGUUUGCAGCGGAGCUGGGAUGUGCACUCGGCUUUCUGCAUGACUUUGGGAUCAUUCACAGAGAUGUCAAGAUGGAGAAUAUUCUGCUGACGGACAAUGGACACCUCCGCUUGGCUGACUUUGGUUUGUCCCGUCGCCUGGAGAGAGGAGGACGAGCCUUUACUAUCUGUGGAACGAUCCAAUAUAUGGCCCCGGAGGUGCUGAGUGGUGGACCCUAUAACCACACAGCUGAUUGGUGGUCGCUCGGAAUUCUGCUUUUCUCAUUGGUUACUGGGAAGUUCCCUGUGCCUCCAGAACCAGACCACUGUGGCAUGCUGAGGAAAGUGAGGGCUUUUCCCUACGAAAUGCCCCUUAGCUUCAACCCCCCUUUUGCCUUGCUUAUAACCGAGCUUUUGUGCAAGACCCCCGCCCGUCGCCUGAGGACCCUCGAUCGCUUCAAACGGCAAACCUUCUUCCAUGGAACAACUUUCGACCUCGCUCUGCUGCAGCGCCAGCCUGUGGAGGUCAUUCUGGAGCUGAGAGAGAGACCAGACAGAGCCGCCAAAGCUCGCCGAGGACUCACUUUGUCUCUGCAGCCUCUUAAAGGUUUCGACUAUGACUCCCUCCUCAGCCCCCCGGCCACACCAGACACACAGUUGGACGCCGCCACACAAACUCACGCAGUUGUACCACUGCCCGGCCCAGCACUCCCACUGCAGCCUGCUCAGGAAAAAGGCCCACGCAGAGAAGUGUUUGUGUGACGGACCUUGAGUUUACAGUAUGACUAUUAACACACUAAAGGUAAAGGUCAAAAUAAUUGUACUUCUGCACACUUACUCACCCUUACACACUGGUGUGGUGCGCCUUGUCUUAUUUAGUAAAAGCCGAAAUAGCUGAUAAUGAUUUAAUUGGAUCGAUAGUUUAGAAGGGAAAGAUUCAGGUGAGUAUAAAACACCAGCUCCCCCCCUUUUGUUUUGUGAUGUACUGAGCACUAUUAUUUUUACUCGUUUGCCUUUCUCCAAUGAGCACCUUUUCAAACCUACUGUGUUCGCUCAACAGUUGUGCAAGAAAGAUUGCACUAUUGUCCAUCUUCUUUCAGGUUUCCGGCGUCUGGUCACGGUUGCCCUGUUGGUACACAAUGUACAACUGUUACCAAAUUCACCCCACAAUGGACCACUUUUCUUUCUUCUUCUUUUUUUUUUAAACAAGUUAUAUGUAGUUAAGAAAUGUCCAACCAAAACCCUUCAACAGAGUGACAACAAAGCAUUUUGGUAGAAGCUGACAGAAAAAAACCUCCUAGCAUCAUUCAGGAGAAUGAGACAAAGAAUUGUGCAAUGACCUUAUGUUCAAAUCUAUCUAUGUGUUACUCAUGCUGCAAUACAACCUUUCACAAACUUGUGCUUCACUGCCCAAAGUGUGCUGCAGCAGACAUUUGUCUCUGCCUGUACUGUGUGAAAAUCAUUCAAGCAUCACAACAUGGGAUCGAGAUGUGUACACCUUCAUAUUCUACUUUAUCAUGCGUAACGACACUCAGGGGAGCACUCACUGGUUUUCCCAAGACAGCCUUGAUUUUGACCCGAAGAUGGCUCUGCAGAUCUGAGCUGGGAUUGUUAGGGUAAAAUGAACGACAUUGUUUACCUCCAGGUGACACUGUGAUAGAUACAGGGCUUUUUCUAUUGUCCAAGGCUGCAGUAACCCUCGUCAGUAAUCACACCUUCAUGCAUUUACCUGAUCAUCAGAUUAUAUUAUUAUUUUGUCAAGUAUGCCCUGAUGUGUACCCAUAAUGCCUCAGGUGUGUGAUUCCGAGCUUGCUUUUUUUUUUGUCACAAAAAUCCUUAUUUAUAAAUGUCUCUUUUCAAAGUUUAUAGGAAUAUUUUGGAUGCUAUUUGAUGUUAUAUGUAAUGUUAUGAUGUAUUUUUAAAUAAAUAUGUAAAUACAAUGUA